UAACCACAAUUUCGCCAACUAAGAGUAAAAAGAAAAAACCACAAUUCCAGCUUGCUUUGGGUUGCUGGCUGUCUUCAACCUCCAUUUUGCUAUAUUUCUCGCGAAAUCCAACAAAAACCCAUUCACCUCAUAACUUACAUACACACAUCCAUCCACUGCCAUCGCCAUGAUUCUUCAUUAUUUAUAACCAAAUUUCCAAAAACCCAUCAUCCCAGAACUCCCUCAGAUUCCUUCCAAAUCGAAAGUAAAAGACAAACCCAAGAGAAACACGACAAAAAUUCGCUCCUUUUUUUUGCAGUAUUUGAAUUUUGGAGAGGAGAUGGGGGCAUACAGAGCCGACGACGAUUACGAUUACUUGUUCAAGGUGGUGUUGAUCGGCGACUCGGGCGUCGGAAAAUCGAACCUUUUGGCGCGGUUCACGAAGAACGAAUUCAGCCUCGAAUCCAAGUCCACCAUUGGCGUCGAGUUCGCCACCAGAAGCAUUCGGGUCGAUGAUAAGGUCGUCAAGGCCCAGAUUUGGGACACCGCCGGCCAGGAAAGGUAUCGUGCGAUCACAAGCGCAUACUAUCGAGGUGCCGUUGGGGCCUUGCUUGUCUAUGACGUUACUCGUCAUGUUACGUUUGAAAAUGUAGAAAGAUGGUUGAAGGAGCUUCGCGAUCACACGGACGCCAACAUUGUGAUCAUGCUGGUGGGAAACAAGGGAGAUCUGCGUCACCUGCGAGCCGUUUCCACCGAUGAUGCUAAGGCGUUUGCUGAACGAGAGAACACCUUUUUCAUGGAAACUUCUGCCCUCGAGUCCAUGAAUGUCGAAAAUGCUUUCACCGAAGUGCUGACGCAAAUCCAUCAUGUUGUGAGCAGGAAGGACCUUGACAUCGGGGAUGACCCAGCAGCCUUGCCCAAGGGACAGACGAUCAAUGUUGGGGGCAAGGACGAUGUAUCAGCUGUGAAGCAAGACGGGUGUUGUUCUACGUAAAAUUUGAAGGAAUUGUUCCAAGUGCCUUUCGGAGUUCCAUCGGGCGAGGUCAUGUCUAAUUGUCUAUGCAGAUGUUGGCCUGACUCCACCAAAAUUGCUUUUCUCGACAGGAUGCUAACUCUUUGAACAUUAUGCUUUAGAUGCUCGAAAGCUUGUCCAUGUUACCCAAAAAUUUAGGAUGUUAAGAAUAUGUUGUUUUUUCCUUUGAUUCGAUUUGAACUACUUGCUUCCCGUUGUGUACUAUUGUUCUUUCUUGGUUGAGUUUUAUAUCAAAUUCAUUUGUUUGGAAAACAA